CCACUCUAGCAUUGUGGGAGGCGAUCGAAGCAGCAGCAGCAGCAGCAGCAGCGGCAGCGCUAGCAGCAGCAGCCUCAGCAGGGGUGAAGGCAAGUGUGGCUAUAGAGUGCUGCACAGGGACGCCUUGGCUGCAGGUUUAGCGUGUGGGUGCGUCGGUGUAGCGUGCGGUACACCACCAUCAUGUCGGCGCACGACCAGAUGCGCGCCAUGCUGGACCAGCUGAUGGGGACCUCGAGAAACGGGUGGAGCAAAGAGCGACACAAUGCUUUAACUUGACAUGGUGGAAAUCACUGCGACCACGGAUAAUCCAGCGGCAGAGAAGAUAUCUCCAUACGGCUUGGGGGUGCUGGUUGUGAUGACACCAGGUACCGGCUAAAGUUCUCCGACCCUAAAGUAUGCAAGAGUUUCCUGCUUACUUGCUGUCCUCAUGAAAUUCUGUCCUCAACGUUUCAACACAAAUGUUUCUGAAACCAUUGCUGGUCUAGAUGGCCCCGGGCUGCAUCUUAGGCUUGGAGAAAAGAAAAUCGUAUGGACUUGGGCGAGUGUCCCAAGGUACAUGACCUUGCACUUCGAGCUGAUUAUGAACAGGCUUCAGCUCAGAAAGAUUACUUCUAUGACAUUGAUGCUAUGGAACAUCUACAAUCAUUCAUCACAGAUUGUGACAGGCGAACAGAAUCUGCCAAAAAGCGAUUGGCAGAGACUCAGGAGGAAUUAAGUGCAGAAGUUGCAGCAAAAGCUAAUAAAGUCCAUGACCUGGCUGAACAGAUUGGAAAGAAGUUGGCAAAAGCUGAAGGUCUUGGUGCCGAUGGAAUGGUUGAGGAAAGUAUGAAACUCAUGGAAGAAGUGGAAGACCUACGUAAGCGGAAAGCUGCUGCAGAGCAAGAGUAUCGCAAUUCUAUGCCUGCUUCAAGUUACCAACAACAGAAGUUGCGCGUCUGUGAAGUGUGUUCAGCAUAUUUGGGUAUCCAUGACAAUGACAGACGUUUAGCUGACCACUUUGGUGGGAAGCUUCAUUUGGGAUUUAUUAAGAUUAGAGAAAAGCUUGAGGAAUUGAAGAAAACAGUAGAAAGCCGAAGAGAGAAACGUCGUGAAGAAAGGGAACUAGAAAGAAAUGCUCGAUUUGGUGAAAUUGCUGAUUACGACGUUACAAGGGAUCACGACCGUGAUCGAGAGCGUUAUCGUGAGAGUGACCGCGACAGGAGAGAGAGGUAUCGGGAGGGUGACAGAGAGAGGCGUCGACGGAGGUCAAGGUCUCGAACACGAUCUCGUGAAAGGCGCCGUCGUCGCUCCAGAUCCCGCGUCAUUCAAGAAGCAAGGAAAGGUCAAGACGAACUAGAAGGUCUAGGUCGAGAGAGCGUCAUACUCGUUCACGUGACAGGUCACCGUCGAGAGAGCGAGCAUCAAAAGACAGAACUUCUAAGGACAGAACAUCAAAAGACAGAGCAUCAAAAGACAGAACUUCUAAAGAGUGUGUGUCACGGGAUACAGAAGACAACAGAAAGCCACAGGAUCACGUACCGGCAGAAGUACCAGAUAGGAGAGACGGCAGUCCAGAGAAUGGUGAAAUUACAGAUGAUCGGUCCAGAGAUGGCAUGGAAUAAAAUUAGCACGGCAGACUGUGGUACCAACGAAUUUGUGUAUUCAGACAAACCAGCUACUGAGUGUUUUAGAUGUUAUUCAUCGUUUUCCAUAUUAUUCGUAAUUACUUUGUUGACCAUUUACAUCAUAUCAUAUACAAUGUUCAUCUUCUCUCUCUCUUGUGGCAAGAUGCUAUGCCAUUUACAUGACACUUUUUUGUCUCAUCUCCAUAUUACUGUAAUUUAUAACUUUAGGCAAAUUCACAUUACCUAAAUUAUAACAAGAUAGUUACUAGUAGUUCUCCAAAUUCAUUUUUUUUUAUCACUAGUUUUCUAAAGACCCAACAUAAUGCUUGGGGUAUGGUGAGGUAUGUCUCGUAUGCACAUUAUCAAUAAAUUGAUUUUUUUUACAGUAAUAUAACUUUUCAUCCAUAACAAAUUAUCAUUGGCAAUGUAUAUUUCAUGUAAAUUAAUGAAUUGAUUGCAAAUGCAUGAAUUGCAUGUGUAGGCUAUCAAUUACAUUUAAAAUCCUUCAAAAUAGAUAAUCUAGUAAAUGUGUUUGGCUCGGCAUAUAGAUUAUGCAGAGCUACUUGAUCUGCAUAUAGAUUAUGCAGUGCUACAAGUUAUUCUAGGUGAAUCUUCAUAGAAGAUUAAUAGUGAUGGCCUGAAUAUGUACAAUAGCUAGGAGCAGUAAUAAUUUUUUUCUGAUGCUUGAAGAGGAGAACUAGUUUACAAGUUGUUUUACAUGUUAGUGAUAGAAACAAAACUGUAACCAUUGUGGUUUUGUGGCAAGACUGAUAAUGCCCAAUUUUAUGAGGUUUCUGCUGUACACAUGUAAUUUACUUGAAUUAAAAAAUUGAAAGUA